AUGUACGGAGCUGCAUCUAUAUCGGAACAGAUACAAGCUACAGCAAGACAGCUUGACAAAAGAAAAAACGUACCCAACGUUCUAGAAUCCUCUUUUCGACUCCGCCCGCCUUCACUCCACAUCCCAAGAUUUCGUCGACGACAUCAUCAUCCUUCCUUUCUUUUAAUCAACCAAAUUCCACCCUCACCCACACUCCACAACAACCAAACAACCAACAGAAAUAAUAUAAUGUACAUGUCCUCAACCCUCACGCGCGCCUCACUCAUCAACCUCCUCCUAACCACGACCGCCCGCAUCGCACCCGCAUCCGCAACCGCAACACUCACAACCACAACAUACACACCCCGACACUUCCUCCACCAAGCCACACUCCCCCUCCACCCUCACUGCUCAGCAAUCCAUCUCUACAACAACGCAAUCACCACCACUACCAAUAGAUAUCAAAAGGAGCAAAGCUCUCACUACUCCACGAUGAGCACACCCAACGACCAACAAACCCAAACCCAAACCCAAAACCAACAAGAAGGCGAUGACCAACAAAAACCCAUCCUCGCCCUUCCAGACGCCGAAUCAGCCACGAAACUCGACGUAAGCGGGGAUGGAUCAGCAGUUGCAUUGGACCACCUGGGUCCUGUGGUGGUGAAUCAGGAUGGCACGUUAUCGCGGAUUUCGAAUUGGGAGGCCAUGACGGAGAUCGAGAAGAAGAAUACGCUUAGGGUAUUGGGGAAGAGGAAUAAGAUGCGGUUGGAGGCGUUGAAGAAGGAGAGGGGGGAGGGGAAUUAA